AUGUUGGUGCCUACAGUUACAUACAUACAAUAUGGGAACAAUGAAGGCUUUGGGUCCGGGGACGGAAGAGCUGACCAUUUGCCCUCGCUGGUGGAAUAUUUACAAGUGCAGCAGUCUCAGGUGGUACACACGACAGCAAAGUCUAGUAGAUAUUGGAUCCCACCUAAACCACAAAAGCUCAAAAUCAAUGUUGAUGGAGCUUUUUUGCCCUCAAAGAAUAUUGGGGGUAUAGGUGGGGUUAUCAGAAGAGAUAAUGGUGCUUUUGUUGCAGGUUUCUCUCACUCCCUUCAGUUUGUGUCGUCUCCAAAACAAGUGGAAUCACUUGCCAUUAGAAGUGGUGUUGAUUUACUGAGGCAGCUAAGGUUACAGGAGGUUUGCAUAGAGAGUGAUUGCCAGGUUGCCAUUCAGGAGGUUGGUGCUGAUGAUUUUGAGUUGAGUGAAAAUGCCAACAUCCUUGCUGAUAUCCGAAAUAGCAGUAAACAUGUUAAGGACUUGUCUUUUAUGUUUACUCCUAGAACUGCCAACAUGGUGGCUCAUAGACUAGCUGCUUUUGCUUAUGAAUCCAAUGCCAAUCAGGCAAAUUGCCUUCUAUUGGUGCAUUGUGCAAACCAAAGGCAAUUGCCGAUUUUAGAUGAAUAG